AUGCCUGUGGCCACAUUCUCCACCAACAGGGAUGAUUAUCCCUCCACCCAUAUGGAUGAAAUUCUAGGACAAUUACAUGAGUCGACUGAGUUCAACUUCGCCGUACGUCGGGCUUCUGUGCACCACAGAAUUGCAGCUAGUUCCUCAGAUGCCACUGAGCAGCACACAACACGCCUUUAUUGGCCUGUCAGACUAUAA